AUGACACGCCAGAAUAUUCGACCAUGUCGAGUUACUGUAAAUGACAGUUGCUCAAACAGCAGUCAAGGAGGAUGGUUCAGAUCAAGAUUUGUUGUAAGUCAUUUUUAAAAAAUUUUUUUUGAAAACUCGAAAAAAAUUUCCAGCUAAUCAGACCACGUUGCUGCUUGCUUGAUACCUUUGUAAGUUUUUUAUUCAUUUUUUGAAAACAAAAACUAUAAGUUUUUAUUCCAGACUCUGCUUUAUAUCUUGGCAAUAAUUGGUCUAAUUUUCUCGAUCGUUUCUUUGAUUUUGGUCUCAAUUUAUACCCCAAAUCCUUUGGAAAUUAUUGUAUUUUCUUUCGCAAUUAUAGCAAUGGCAGUGGUUAUUGGAACACUUAUCACAAAAAAUUUGUAUUUGGCGCAAAUCUCAUUCUGUCUUUUGGUAAGUGUUCGGAAGCUGGGUAGAGAGGUACUGUAGCUAAAUCAUUCUUAAAAUUUACCUACAGUAUCCCUUCCAUAGUCUUUUAAAAUACUGUAGAAUUAUCCUAAAACCACAGAACCGUAUUGACUAUACGAAGCUGAUUUACAGUUGGUAGAUUUUGAAAAAGUGUGCCGCAGUUGCAUAAGCCCACUUGAGUUACAGAAAAUCAAACUUUCUUUCAGAUCGUGUUGAUAAUCCUGUUGAGUGGAGCUGUGUUUUACCUGUUCUUCUCUAUGAUGUUAUGUGAGUUUGAAAAUUUCCAUUUUUUUUUCAUCUCGAACUUCACCUUCAAAUUUUCCAGCACAAAAAUACCACUAUGGAGAUUGGCGAUUCAAAGUUUUCAUGAUCACUGAAAUUAUAUUCAUUAUUUGUGUCGCGAUUUGUAAGUCUUUCCAAGAAAACACACAAAUCUUUACCUAAACUAUAUUUUCAGACGUAUCUGUAAUGCUCUAUCUCUUAUUGGAUGUUAUCACCUACUGCAAACGGAAUCGUGAAGAAGUUGAAACUCCAAGAAACACAAUUCAUUUUGAUAAUAGAUAUUGA